AUGAUCACUGCCAGAAGUAGCGAUACGCAGUCUCAUUACCACACCAGUGAAUACGACCAGAAGCCAGAUGCUUCACAAUCGUCAUUUCCCAGCUCACGCAUGCCGACUACCGAUUUUGAGACGCCGCUGUCAACAGCCACGGACUGGCAAGGCCAGUAUUCGUUUCUGCCACCCGAGGAGUCGGUAUUUGCAACGCAGGCUUAUGCCCACAUGGGCAGUUCUGCGCAUCACAACAGCGGCCCAAGCAGUACGUCCAAUAGCAGCAAAACAAGCCCCAGUCAGCAGCAGCUCUACCAAUUAGGACCAGGCAAGAGCUCUGGUAGUGAUGGAAGCGGAACCGACUGCCCGAGCCUGAAGGUGGAAGCAAAUUCGCCAUUUGGGCUAAGCAGUCGGCGAAGCCUGGAGCACAUGGGAGUGCAGCAUGCACAGACACAUACGCCGUUUAACACAAGGUUGUCCAUCACGAUUGCAGAUGCGAGCCAAUCUACGACCUCAAGGCGGACCGACAACGGACUUCCGCACGACACUGAAGUUCACGGACGAAAGCCGUGCGAUUUGGCAGCGAGGAGCCACGAGGACAACCCGGUCUCAUCGAUCCUGCAGAUUACCGACCUGGUGGAAGAGCCCAUGGGAAGUGAAGCUUCUACGAAAUGGACUGGCGGGGUUCGCUCUGUUAUCAAAGAAGAGGAUGAUGAGGACCUUAUUGAUGACGAAGACAUGGGAGACGGAGGCGAGACCGAUGCGACUGAAAGGCCAGCCCAGACUGUGGCUGAGCGAAAAGCUCAGAGAAGAAAGUUGAAGCGCUUUCGGCUGACACACCAACAAACGCGCUUCCUUAUGAGCGAGUUCUCAAAGAAGCCACACCCUGAUGCUGCACACAGGGAGUGCUUGUCUCGGGAGAUUCCCGGUCUCAGUCCCCGCCAGGUGCAAGUCUGGUUUCAAAACCGAAUGCGCGCAGUUCCAGAUGGCUUUGACACUGUGCAGGCGUUGCACUCGCCGUAUGGUGCUAUGAACAACGUGGGGAUGACCAUGGCACCGGCGGUGGACUUCAGCACCGCUCCUUAUGCGAACCGGAUGAUGCGCCCGUUAAUUGUUGAUGUGCGGCAACCGGAGGGCGAUUUCAGUCUCUCACCAACAGGGUUGAGUCCAGAAAUUGGAACCCUUGGCCUCAAUUCGUCAGCAGCAGCCCCGAGCAUGAACGGCGCUGGCAUCCUGUUACCACUCUCACCUACUUCGAUCAGUGCUCAUCACCAACGCCAUAACAGCUACCCCAGCCAUCACACUAUUUCGGAGACCAUGGCCACGCCGACCUCUUCCUCAGAAUCAGAAGCCAUGGUCCCUGUGAAUAUGGGUUUAGAUAAGACCGCUGCAGCCACUCCAGCCACUGCAGCUGCGCGAAACUGUUUCCCGCUCGCGCUCCGACAGCAUCCAGUCACCGCUGAGAUCUGGCAUAUCGUGGACGGGCAGCUCCAAUUUGGAGGUCUCGGCGGCCUGUCUGGGCUUAGUGGACUCAGUGACAUUGGCACUGUUCCCUCUCCCGCCAGCUAUACAACCGGGUUUCCCUCAUCAGCAUCUCUGAUGGCAUCCAUCGAUUUUGGCUUGUCGCCAAGGAUAACCAGCGGCAUCGGGAGUAGUCCCAACAGUAUGGCCGGCAGCAGUAUUAGGCACGGUAUUACCGACUACUCCUUGCCACAACCGGGCGCGCUGACGGCACCGUCAAAUGAUCUUGCGCAGGCCUUUCAGCCCAGUAUGACGCCUGUCAGCAGCAUGAUAUCGACAGCACCUUCUGCUGCGACGUCCAUCGCGGCCAAUAUCAUUAACAACGGGACUACCGUGCGCAACGCCUAUAAUGGGCUCGGUGGAUUUGGCGGUUUCGGGAGUUUGGGAAAUUACCAUUUAUCUGCGUCACUUAGGAGUGGUACAGACAGCCUCGGACGUAAGCUUACGUAUCCAUUUGGUGGAGUAGGCAGCGGUAGAUGA